UAGCAUAUUCUUGUUUAAUUUCUUUUCCUGACAUGUCCUUUUUUUGUCAAGAGCUAGUGUGUAUAUUUUUGAUGGAUGUGCUAUAAUGCUCCUUCAUCUCUUACUCAAAGGCUGGAUCAAGACAUUUGACAAAUACUAUGUUGACCAGACACAGCACAUUCUGAACAAUAUGGUGAUGAAGCUGCAGGAAGACCCACGGCGGCGCUUCAUCUGGUCUGAAAUCUCUUUCUUUUCCAAAUGGUGGGACAACAUCAGCAGCCAGAAACGAGCUGCAGUCCGCAGGCUUAUAGGGAAUGGGCAGCUAGAGAUGGCUACAGGAGGUUGGGUGAUGCCAGAUGAAGCUAAUUCCCACUAUUUUGCCAUGAUUGACCAGCUCCUUGAAGGGCAUCAGUGGCUUGAGAAGAACAUUGGGGUGAUGCCGCGCUCCGGCUGGGCAGUGGAUCCCUUUGGUCACAGUGCCACAAUGCCUUACCUCCUGCGCCGGGCUAAUCUGACCAGCAUGCUCAUCCAGCGUGUCCACUAUGCCGUCAAGAAGCACUUCGCAGCUACCCAGAACCUUGAGUUCCUUUGGAGGCAGAGCUGGGAUCCAGACUCCAGCACAGACCUCCUCUGCCACAUGAUGCCUUUCUACAGUUAUGACGUGCCUCAUACUUGUGGGCCUGACCCGAAAAUCUGCUGCCAGUUUGACUUCAAGAGGCUGCCAGGCGGGCGCAUCAACUGCCCCUGGAAAGUCCCUCCCAAGGCCAUCACCAACAGCAAUGUUGCUGAGCGGGCCCAGCUUCUGCUUGACCAGUACCGGAAGAAGUCCAAGCUCUUCCGAAGCAACGUCCUGCUGGUGCCCCUGGGAGAUGACUUCCGUUACGACAAGCCCCAGGAAUGGGAUGCCCAGUUUCUCAACUACCAGCGUCUCUUUGACUUCCUGAAUGCCCGCCCAGAGCUGCACGUGCAGGCACAGUUUGGGACGCUCUCAGACUAUUUCGAUGCCCUCUACAAGCAGAUGGGUGUUGUCCCAGGCACACGCCCGCCUGGCUUCCCAGUGCUCAGUGGGGACUUCUUCUCCUACGCAGACCGGGAGGACCACUACUGGACAGGCUACUACACUUCCCGGCCUUUCUACAAGAGCAUGGGCCGAGUGCUUGAGGCCCAUCUCCGGGCUGCUGAGAUCUUGUACAGUUUGGCCCUGAGUCACGCCCGCCAUGCUGGCAUGGAGAGCAAGUACCCACUGUCCGAUUAUGCCAUGCUCACAGAUGCCCGGCGCAAUCUGGGACUCUUCCAGCAUCACGAUGCCAUUACUGGCACUGCCAAGGAAGCUGUGGUGGUGGACUAUGGUGUCAGGCUGCUUCACUCCCUGAUGAAUGCCAAGCGGGUCAUCAUCAAUGCUGCCCAUUACUUGGUCCUGGCAGACAAGGAGGCCUACCACUAUGACAUGGCAGUGCCCUUCCUUGGCGCAGAUGAGACCCGUCUCAAUCAGGAUUCCCUGCCAGAGAAAAUGGUGAUCAAGCUGGAUGCCACACCCAGAUUUGUGGUUGUGUUCAACCCCCUGGAGCAAGAGCGCCUGACCGUGGUGUCCCUGCUAGUGAACACCCCUCGGAUCCGUGUCCUGAAUGAGGAAGGGCAGCCCCUAGCCGUGCAGCUCAGUGCCCAGUGGAAGUCUGCCACAGACAUGGUGCCCGAUGUCUUCCAGGUGUCUGUCAUAAUACGCCUGCCGGCGCUGGGCCUCACCAUCCUGCAACUGAUCAAGUCUUUUGACAGCCACAACACACUGAAAUCUUCUGUGCGCCUCUUCCUGCACGGCCGUGACUUUGCUGUGCACAAGCAUGAAGCCUUCCCCGUCCAGGUCCUGUCCACCGCCACAGAAGAUUUCUGCUUGGAGAAUCAGCACAUGAGAGCUUGCUUCUCAGGGUCGAGUGGCUCACUCAAGAGUGUGCAUCAUGCUGGUGACAAACAGGAGCAGCGGCUGAGUAGCCAGUUCCUCAUCUAUGGGACCCGGAGUACCAAGGACAAGAGCGGUGCCUAUCUUUUCCUGCCUGAUGGCGAAGCUAAGCCCUACGUCCCCAAGGACCCACCGGUGGUGCGGGUGACUGAGGGGCCCUUUUUUUCAGAAGCAGCCAUUUACUACCAGCACGUCCAAGAGGUGGUCCGGCUCUACAAUGUGCCAGGGGUCGAUGGCCUGUCUCUGGAGAUCUCCUGCCUGGUUGACAUCCGAGACCACGUCAACAGGGAACUGGCCCUGCGCUUCAGCACCAGCAUUGAGAAUAAGGACAGUUUCUUCACUGACCUAAAUGGCUUUCAGAUCCAGCCCCGGCAGUACCUGAAGAAGCUGCCGCUCCAGGCCAACUUCUAUCCCAUGCCAGUCAUGGCCUACAUCCAGGAUACGCAGAGCCGCCUGACUCUGCACACAGCCCAGGCCUUGGGGGUCUCCAGCCUCAGCAGCGGCCAGCUAGAGGUGAUUUUAGAUCGGCGUCUCAUGCAAGAUGAUAACCGUGGACUAGGACAGGGUCUGAAGGAUAACAAGCAGACCUGUAACCGCUUCCGCCUCCUGCUGGAACGACUCAGCCCAGUAAACAAGAGCUCCAGCUUCUUUUCCAAACUGGCCUCCAUGCUGAGAGACUUGGUCUUCCCCAGCAGCAAGGCUGAAAGCCCAGAGGCCCAGGAGAACCAGCCCACGAGCUUUCCAUCUCUGCUCAGUCACAUGACCUCCAUGCACCUGAACGCUGAGGUUCUGGCCAUGCCACUUGUCCAGGAAAAACUGCCCCCUCCAGCACUGAAGUCUUUUCUGCCUCUUUCGACCACUGUGCCCUGCGACUUCCACCUUCUCAACCUUCGAACGUUGCAAGGAGAGGAUGAUUCUUUGCCGUCAACUGAGGUAGCUCUGAUUCUUCACCGGAAGGGCUUUGACUGUGGCCUGGAGGCCAGGAAUUUGGGCUUCAAUUGCACCACCACCCAGGGUGUGCUUUCCCUUGGCAGCCUAUUCCAGGGUCUGGACCUGAUCUCCCUGCAGCCCUCUUCUUUGACGCUGAUGUAUCCACUGGCCAUAGCCUCCCCCAACAGCACCACCAUCCACCUUGACCCCAUGGAGAUUGCCACCUUCCGUCUUCGCCUUGGAUAGCCCAGACUGAACUUCACUGGGAAUGGCAUUUCUGCCCGUGGACUUUCUUCCUCCUCUGGCCACAGCUGUCCCAAAGGACAUUGCUCCAUACCAGGCAGAUACAAAGACGAGACACUCAGGCAGCUGGGUCCUUGAGGCUGCACAAAUAGCCUGGGGUGCUGCUGGUGCCCAGAGGACUCAUGGCACUGCUUCCAGAGUUUGGUCUUAGCUUGGCAUGGAGGGCAGCGGGCUAUGCUGUGAGGAGAGAUGGGUGACAUUGUUUGAGCAACAGUGAAGACCCCUGCUUCUGCUCUUCCCUUGCUCUGGGAACCACCUGUGCACUUGGUUUGACAGCUCCUGGACGUGCACAACAAAAGUGAUGGUAUAGCAAACACUGUAGAACAGAAGGCAGGACAAGGACAGCCUCUGCCUGCAGCUCGAAGCAACGCCCUCAUCUCUGGACAUGCUUCUGCCAGAAAGUAGAGUGAGGAGGAGGGACUGAAGGCCUGUGAGCAGGGGUUAGGGGGCAAGCCACUCAGGGUCAGGUAGCAGCUGCCCAUACCUUUUCCUUUAGGACUGAGUAUUUUCUCCAGAGUGUGGAUUCCUAAAAGAGAAAUGCUGACAGCUAUAGAAGGAAAGAAAAAGCACCUUGCUGUGAUCCAAGCAAGGCGUUUUCCCCGAAUCUCUGCUGCAGCUUGAUCCAAGACAGCCUUUAGCUAGCACAAAGGUGAGUCUGCACAAACGGCUGCUGUUUCAUUUUGGAUGAAGACAGGGAACUCCUAUACUUUUCUCUGCUCCCUUUCCUGCCUUGAAUUCAAGGCAGGAAUUUCCUGCCACUGCGCUGCGGUUAAUAGAGCCCAACGGUUUAGAGACUCUGUUCCACCCACUGCCACCCCAGCUGCCUGCAGAAGUGGAGAAAAUGCAGCUGAGCAGCAGCUCUUGACCCAACGGCUCUAUCUCCCUGGCCAAGGGACUCCCACGCUGUCUUUUGGGAUGUGCCGCCUGGGUUCUCAUGGCACAACGGUGUGUUUUUGCAUAGCACUUGUGCACACAGCCCAUGUGCUUAGUUUACAGUUCAGUGUGUCGUGCAAAACCAGAAAACACGUUGGAGUAAACCAUGAUUCAGCCAACUCUGGGUAAGCAUACUUUGUGAAGAAAGCCACUGUGACUCCAGAAGGCCUCUUGCAAAUUCGAUGGCAUUGAGGCCUGCAGGACUGGUGCAGCUGUUGUCAAGGAGCAGUACAGCUCCUGCCACAAGACCAGCUUUGAUCUUAGGAAGCUGUUCCUCCUGUUCAGGCACCUGCCUCAAGGGUAUUUCCAAUUGCCAUGGGCACGACCUGGAACCGGGGAGGUAGCACCGAGAGCAUCUCUCUCUGCUCUUCACCUGUUUUGUUUCUGCAAGGUUAUGUCUUUGCAACAGGGCUCUUCUCUGGAUACAAUAUGUUUAUAAACAUGUUGAUGGGUGGGCUGCCACUCCUAGGUCAUAGUCUCUUACUAAUUAGACCACUGGUGUAAAUAGAUCUUAAGAGGUCUACCUGCCCAUAGGCAGUUUUCAGCAUGUGAUGCAAGAGUUGUAAGUAAUGCAUACGGCAAACACUAAGAAGCCUAAAUUAGAUUUUGGAAUCUCUCUUGGUUUGCAGGGAUGUUGAUUACAUUAGGAGAAGGAGGGGAAAGCAAGCCACUGUUUUCUGUGUUGCUCAAUUUGUGCUGCAUUAACUCAAUGAACAGGAUGUGAAAGUG